GUGAAAAUCCCAAUUUCUAAUAACUUGUCGCUGUUACGUAAGAAAGGCACUGAAUAAAGAACCCAUGACAUGGAAAGCAGAAAAAACAAGAAAACCAUCAAUUGAGAAUUUAUUACUCAGCAUAUAUGAGACUUACCAGGGCCUUGUAUGUGAAGUUUGUAUUACAAAGCUGCAGCUGUUGUGGUACUUCCCAUCUGAUUUUUUUGCAGACUUCCCAACUACAUGGGAGUCCUCUCCCAUGCUUCCUAAUAAUUGAAAUCAGUCUUCUGCUUUCUCUUCUUCAUAGCCUUCCUUUUCAAGCAUGGCCCAUCAAAGCUCUGCCAAAAUUCAGUUAAAAAAUCUUGUUUGAAAUCCAAUUUCCAUGGAAUGAUUGCAGAGAGAUGCUUUUCCGUCUUUCCAUUUUUUCUGGUAUUGUUUUGCAAUAAUCACAUAAGUGAUCAUGGUUAGCUUCACUUCUAAAAUCAUCAUCUGGGUCCUGUAUGGGAUGACCCAGAUGCUGGACCCCACUGUUUCUGGUUCUUCAUGGUGCCAGCAGCACCGAUGGCCAGACGCGAAAUUUGAAAAGAAAACGGAUCGAUUUUGGGAGUUUGAUGAGCGAUCCGGCAGUUGGGUGGAACUGAAUUUGCCUUUUGAUCUGAUGUCUUGCGUUAACGAUAACUGCAAGCGAGUCAGUUCAAUUGAGCAGACGAGGAAGGAUGAUGACAAAGGAGGCAGUUUCGAAUACAAAAACGACAGUGAAGCGGGUGCAGGUGAGAGUCCUGACAUGGCUCUGCCUCUAAGGAAACGAAUUUCAUUGACGAAGAUGUCAGACGCAUCUGUUUGGGUAACGGGCCAAAGUGGAUCCAUCUAUGAGAGGUUUUGGAAUGGAGUGCAGUGGGUAAUUGCACCCCAUGAUUUACAGAUUUCCACAGGCUUUGCAGUCUCUGUUUUCAUCAUAAAUCAGACCAUCUUAGCACUGUCCGAAGGCGGGGUAUUGUAUCAGCUGCAACUGAGUGAAAACGCUCAACCCGUUUGGACAGAAUUCAGGCCUACAUUUGAAUCCAGCAUCUAUAGUGAAGAAACAGAACCAAGCUCGGCUAUGCAAAUCAAGUCUGGUGUUGUUUCACAUGAUGGACAGAGACUGUACUUCACCACAAUGAACAGAUCGUUGUUAGAGCUCAGUGACAUUCAGCCCCUGAGGUGGAUAAAUCAUGGCCAACCACCAGGUGGAGAUGUUGCAGCCAUUGCAGAUGCUGAAACUAUCAGAUCAGAUGUGGUAUUUACGGUGAGUUCAAGUGGAGAUCUUUAUGAAUUCGACAAAAGCUCAAGGCCCUCCUGGAAGAAGCAUAUCUGGAGUGAACCAUCAAGAGAAGAAAAUUCUUUGAUACCAUCCAAAGGAUGCACUUUACAGGGUUUGAUUGGAACUCAUUCACAAUCGCUCUUCCUUUUAACCAAGGGUGGGUAUCUGAUGGAGAGGCGGCUGCACCAAAGGAAGUGGAAAUGGAUAUUUCAUGGAGCUCCAAAAGUUCAUCAGUUGACUGCCAUUACCCCAGUUGAACAGACUGAAUUAAAUGAAAAGAUUUUUUCAUUAUUCUUCAAUACAGCUAGUGGAUUUAUAUUUGAAUAUCGGCUUCAUAAACAAUCAGGAGCGGCACGAGGGAAACAAAGUCCAGAGACAUGGGUGAAUCACAUGCACCCACUACAUGCAAAAGUUGCAAGAGGCUUUCCUGGGCUGCAGCUUCAGGUUGGCAGGAUAUUAUUCAUGCUGGACGAUGGUAGGCUUGCAGAGCUGCAUUUAUCAGGCAUCGGCGGUGAAGCUUCAGGCCCAGCACAUCAAAUUAACACACGUAGGAAAGCGUCAUCUAAGUACGAAUGGUCAAUCUUAGAUGCCCCAGAAACAGAAGGAUGGAAUGCAGAGUAUUGCACUGAGGAACGUGGCCCACUGAAUUGCAUCGGGGGCAUCAAAGAAACACUUGGAGAUGAUGAACAGAAUGACUUGGGCAUGACAACUCCAACAAGAAGGCGAAAGGGGCAAACACACCAAACUUACGUAUCUCCAAGUGCACAUCGAAGUAAUGUAGCUGAGCCUUCGGAUCAAAAUGGUUUGGUAGAGAAUAGCAUCAAUGCCAACUUCCGUAUGAGAGCAGUGCAAGCAGAGAGAUCAUUUUUCAUCAUAACGGAUGGUGGCUUGGCCUUUGAAUAUCUUUACGUUGAAAACAUGUGGUUAUGGUUGAGGCACGAGCACUCAACAAGGAUGAAGGGUGUAGUUGGACAUUACAAUGGUAGUUUAUUUUUGAUUGACACGAACGAUCACUUGCUUAUCAGAGAAAGGAACAGCAACGAGCUGUCUUGGAUUAACUGCACAGCUAUGAGAAAGGGAAGAAAGGUAGUCGAAGGACCUCCUUGGGAUGGAAUUCCUGGAAAAGCUUGGAGAGUCACAGCAGAAGAUGCAUUGUUCUUCGUGAACAAAAAUGGAAGGUUGCUUCAAUUUAUGGUCGCACUGCGAAAAUUUAAGUGGAAAGAUUGCCAGAGUCCUCCUAAUACUAAGGUAGCAACUGUAGUAGAUCAGGAAGUAUUCAGGAAGAAUAUAGUGUUUGUCAUUGGAAGGAAUGGCCGACUAUAUCAGUAUAACAGAGUGACUGAGUUAUGGCAUGAACACUAUCAAUCUCCUCAUUUGGUUCUAGCAAGAUUGCCAGGAACCGUUAUGAGGCAAUCCUUAUUAUCACUAACAGGCUCUCUUUUCAUGCUUUCGGAAGAUGGUGGCCUCAUUGAAUAUCAUUGGAGUGCAUUGGAUGGUUGGAAUUGGGUUGAACAUGGAACACCAUAUAAGAAUGUAAACCUUGUUGGUGCACCGGGGCCAUGCUUUGAAGGUAGUCAAUUGUUCUUGAUUGGCUCGGAUGGUAGCGUUUACCUCAGAUAUUUGGAUGAGAGGUUGUGGCAAUGGAAAAGCUAUGGUUUCCCAUAUGAGGAAAAUAUUACUGGCGAUGUUGACAAUUCACAAAGCUCAAAUGAUCUCAAUGGAACCUGCGAUGAAAAGGUGGCAUCUGUACGACCAAUUCCAUUCUCCGAGGAUUCAGUUAUCUUCGAGUUGAGAGAUGGUAGACUGGCUGAAUUGCGAAGGGCAGAUGAUACGCAAUGGAUGUGGUCGCGAAUAAUUGCAACUCCGACGAGCAGGUGCAUAGCAAAUUACUGGGAAGCUUUGGCAUCGUAAUCUGAAAUUAUCUCACAUACAUAAGACAACAAAUCACAAAAAGAUCAAAUGAAUGUACACAAGCAAUUAAAAGGUUGUACAGUCAAUAUGAGCAAUGUAGAAAAUAACCAGAUCUUUCGAUGUAAAUUGAGAAAGCAAAAUAAACAAAUGUUAUACCAUCUUUA